AUGCUCCGAUUUUGGCAGCGUUUGGUGCUUUGUUCACCAACCACCCAGCAUUGUCGACCUGCCUUUUCUUUCCAGCAAAAAUUGUCCAACAUGAAAAGCAAAUUCAGCACGAUGCCGCCGCAUCCCUUACCUAACCGCUUAACCCCGAGGUGCAUGAUCUCUGUAGCUUACACUAGUGGAAGAUGGCUUAAUCGGGAUGAACUCGAACUAAGUUCUCGCCACAUUGUUCUCGACUUCUCAGCGCUUGGUGAUAAAGCUAUCAGUCUAUGCCCAAGAGCAACCAAGAUCGUCAAAUGUGAAAAGAGAGAAGGUGGAUUCAAUAGAGUCUUUCUUCUCACCAUGGAUACAGGUUCUUGUGUUGUGGCGAAAUUACCGACCAGUAUUGCCGGCCCACCAAGAUUAAUGAACAACUCUGAAGUUGCAACAAUAACAUAUUUGCAAUCCAAGAUCUCACUUCCGAUGCCGAGAAUCUUAGACUGGAACGAUGAUCCAUCAAAUCCAAUCGGCACAGUAUAUAUCAUCCAGGAGCAUGCUGUGGGUGUUCAGCUGCACCAGGUGUGGCCCGAAAUCAACUCGGAGCAACAUAUGCUAUGCACCAAGAUGCUUUCAUUGGCGAUAAGAGACAUGGCAUCCUUAGACUUCCCGGCCUAUGGCAGUCUAUACUUCUCAAAUGGACCACUAGAGCCGAACGUGAAGGUUCCUUUCGAGCCGGGCUUCUGUAUUGGUCCACACUGCAGUCCAGUUUUCUGGAAUCGGAGUCCGGGGGAACUUGAACUUUAUGGUGGUCCGAGUUCCAACUGUGGUCCUUACCUCACAAGCUAUGCUUUAGGCUUGGUAGAGACCGGUUUCUCUCGUUUACCGAAGACAGAUCCUGUCAACCACGAAUUACUCCCUCAUCAAGGAUCAGUUCAACAUCACAUCAGUCUUUUGAAAACAAGCUUAGAAGUGAUGCAGAAGUUCGCUAAAGAUACGUCUAUUCAGGAUGCCGCUACCCCAGCUCUUCUUCACCCUGAUUUCCACAAAAGGAAUGUCUAUGUCUCAGCCGAAGACCCAACUAUCAUUCCUGGUGUGCUUGAUUGGCAGUCAACAAGCAUUGAGCCUGCGUUCAUUUAUGCCAAUGAGACCCCUGAUUUUGCUGCACUGGCGGAGGAGCCAGAGGGAAACACGCUCGAGAACGGAGUCGAUAAGCACAGAGCUUCUGGCCAUAACGAACAGGAAUGGAAAGACGCAUCAAUCUGUUACCAGUCAUACGAUGUUUGCAUGAAGGGCCUCGCUCCUAAGCUACGCCCCGCGAGGUUACUUGAUCCGACCUUGUUUCGAGUUCUCCAAUAUUGCCAUACGACGUGGAGGGACAGCGCCAUGGCCAUCCGCCAAGAGUUAAUUGAGCUUUCAGCUCGCUGGACAGAACUGGGACUGCAAGGCUCAUGCCCAUUUUCUCCAACUGAAGAAGAACUCAGGGAGCACGCUCGAGACUAUGAAGACUUUGAGACCAUUCAAAAACUCAAACUAUGGCUUAGAAACUCCCUCAAUACAAAUUCGGAUGGCUGGGUUCUGAAUGAAUUAUGGGAUGCUGCGAGGGAUGCCCAUCGCGCGGCGUAUGAUGAAUGGAUCCAGACGGCCAGGGAAUCUGAGUCUCGUGGUGAUAGUCUGACGGUGGCAAAGGAGGACAAGUUAUGGCCAUUUGAUGCUGGAUAA